GCACGAAGGGGAAGUCUUUAUACUACGUUUGUGUACUUUGUUGCGACUUCCAGGAUAGCCUCCCACCGUUGUGCACAUUUACCUCGUUUUCUCUCCGCUCGUAACAGCCAUCUGUCGUACUUAAGCUAAAAUUUUCUCGAUGACAGUUCGACUAACAAAUCACCAUUUUUUCAAUCCUCGUUUUUUCAAGAACUACCGCAGUCGAAGGAACUAUUUUCUCUUGUUUAAAACAGUUUCACUCUGGUAAUGCAAAUUCUCAUGGGACCAUUUUUUUGCAGAGAAAAGUACAGGGCGAGUGUAUUUGAAACAGGCAUACUUUGAUUUCUUGUAAGCCAGCGAUGACGAAGUUUUAAUCCAAGUACAAAAACGACGUGCGUUGCUGCAAAUGAUUAAGGGGAACUUCACUGUGUCAUGAACCUCACAGACAGGCACGGAUACGUUCUGCGUAGCAGCAUACUGAGUGGCUGAACUGUAAAACUAACUGUUUUGUUCAUUGUCUUCGUUGGGUUAUCGAGGAAGUAUCGCAGUCGAGCAGUCCGUGGGUCUGGCUGCAUUCGGCUCGUCGUUCAGCCCUGCGCGCUCUGCCUGAGAGGAAUUAUGCUACAAAACUGAGGAAAGUCCAAAAACAGAAUGACUUGCUGCGACUUCUGCAAACCUUCCAUUUCUUGGUGCACACUAUCUUAAUGUUUCACAUUUUUGACUUACAAAUAUGAUGAAAUGGCAGCCCCGGAAGAAGGGGUCCCUUGACGCUGAUCCAUCCACAUACAGGACAAGAUCUGGAUUGUGCAGGGGGACAUCCUGCUGGUCCACCCUAGGAGUACAAAGGUUAUUGGCAUACUUCCGACAGGGUGUUGCCCUUCAGUACUUGGGUCGCCAUGCAGAUGCGUUGGCUGCCUUUGCCUCAGGGCUGGCUCAAGACCCCAAGAGCCUGCAGCUGCUCACGGGAAUGGUGGAGGCUGCUUUGAAGUCUCCCCUGCGAGAGUCAGUGGAGCCCACCUAUCAGCAACUGCAGAAGAUGAAGCUGGACAAGAGCCCAUUUGUGGUGGUGUCUGUGAUUGGACAGGAGCUUCUUUCAGCAGGGCACCAUGCUGCCUCCAUGGUGGUCCUGGAGGCUGCACUAAAGAUUGGAACCUGCAGCCUGAAGCUCCGUGGCUCUGUCUUCUCGGCUCUCAGCAGUGCCCACUGGCUGCUUGGGAAUACAGAGAAAAGCACAGGUUACAUGCAGCAAGACCUGGAAGUUGCCAAGACUUUAGGUGACCAAACUGGAGAAUGCCGUGCCCACGGGAACCUGGGGUCGGCAUUCUUCUCUAAAGGAAACUAUCGCGAGGCACUGUCCAACCACCGCAACCAGCUAAUGCUAGCCAUGAGGUUGAAAGACCGUGAGGCUGCAUCCCUAGCACUCUGCAGCUUGGGACAUGUCUACACAGCCAUAGGGGACUAUCCCAAUGCACUGGCCAGCCACAAGCAGUGUGUCCUGCUUGCUAAACAGUCCAAGGACCAGCUGUCUGAGGCACGAGAGCUGGGUAACAUGGGUGCCGUCUACAUUGCCAUGGGGGACUUUGACAAUGCCAUCCAGUGUCAUGAGCAACACCUGACCAUUGCCAAGGCUCUUGAAAACAAACGGGAAGAGGCAAGGGCAUACAGCAACCUGGGGAGUGCCUACCAUUAUCACCGUAACUUUGAUAAGGCCAUGUCCUACCAUACACAUGUUCUAGAACUAGCUCAAGAGCUCAACGAGAAGUCCAUUGAGAUAAGGGCCUAUGCUGGGCUGGGCCAUGCUGCUCGAUGCAUGCAGGACUUAGAACGGGCCAAGCAGUACCACGAGCAGCAGCUGACCAUCGCAGAGCUACUGAAAGAUCGAGCUGCUGAGGGAAGAGCAUCAUCCAAUUUGGGUAUCAUUCACCAAAUGAAAGGUGACUUUGAAACUGCACUGAAGCUCCACAAAACCCACCUUACCAUUGCGCAGGAGCUUAAUGACUAUGCUGCCCAGGGUCGAGCAUAUGGCAACAUGGGCAACGCCUAUAACGCCCUGGGAAUUUUUGACCAGGCUGUUCGCUACCACCGGCAGGAGCUCCAGAUUUCCAUGGAAGUCAAUGACCGGGCCUCACAGGCAUCCACACAUGGGAACCUGGCUGUAGCAUACCAGGCCCUGGGUGCUCAUGACCGUGCCCUGCAGCACUACCAGAACCAUCUCAACAUUGCCCGUGAGCUGCGGGACAUCCAGAGUGAAGCUCGGGCAUUGGGCAACCUAGGGAAUUUCCACUGUUCCAGAGGCGAGUUUGCUCAGUCUGUACCCUACUAUGAACAAUACCUUCGACUGUCCCCUGACUUGCAGGACAUGGAGAGCGAGGGCAAAGUGUGUCACAAUUUAGGAUAUGCGCACUACAGCCUUGGUAACUACCAGGAUGCUGUGAAAUACUAUGAGCAAGAUCUGGCCCUUGCCAAGGAUCUUCAUGACAGGUUGAGCCAGGCCAAGGCAUACUGCAAUCUGGGACUAGCUUUUAAGGCCUUGGGAGACUUUAACAAGGCAGAGGAGUGCCAGAAGUACCUGCUGUCUCUGGCACAGUCACUGGAGAACUCCCAGGCUAGGUUCCGCGCCCUCGGUAACUUAGGGGACAUCUACAUCUGUAAGAAGGACGUGACAGGAGCAGUGCAGUUUUUUGAACAACAACUGUCUCUUGCCAACCAGGUGAAAGACAGGAAAAUGGAAGCCUGUGCUUAUGCUGCCCUUGGUGCUGCUUACCGGUUAAUGCAGAGGUAUGAAGAAGCAUUAUCAUUCCAUGCCAAAGAGCUUGAGGUUUGCCAGGAGCUGACUGAUGCACCUGGGGAGGGCAAGGCCCACGGGCAUUUGGCUGCUGUCUACAUGGCACUGGGACAGUAUCCUGCUGCUUUCAAAUGCUACGAGGCACAGCUGGAGCUCAGCAGGCAAAUGAGGGAUCCUGGCAUUGAGGCACAGGUUUAUGGCAAUAUGGGCAUCACCAAGAUGAAUAUGGGGGCCAUGGAGGAGGCCAUUGGAUAUCUGGAGCAGCAGCUGGCUAUGCUGCAGCAGCUGAGCGGCAAUGAAGUGGUGCUGGACCGUGGACAAGCUUUUGGUAAUCUGGGUGAUUGUUAUCAUGUGCUAGGCGACUAUGAAGAAGCUGUGAAGUACUAUGAGAGAUACCUGGCUGUGGCACAGAGCCUCAACCGAUUGCAGGAUCAGGAGAAAGCGUAUCGUGGUCUUGGGAACGGCCACAGAGCAAUGGGUAACCUGCAACAAGCUCUAGUGUGCCUGGAGAAGUGCUUGGUUGCUGCUCAUGAGCUUGGUGGUUGCGGAGGUAAAGCAGCAGCGUAUGGUGAGCUGGGUGCUCUGCAUAACCAGCUAGGCAACCAUGAGCAGGCCCUAUCCUGUCUGGAGCGGCAGUUGGCUAUUGCCCGGGACACUUCUGACAGGUCCCUGGAAGCAGAUGCCAACUCUGGCCUAGGUGUCGUCUACCAAGCAAUGGGUGACCUGGACCAGGCACUGCAGUACCACCAGCAUGACCUGGACAUUGCUGAGGAGAUUGGUGGCCCUUCGCGUCAGGCACGUGCAUAUGGCAACCUGGGGCUGACAUACGAGUCACUAGGUAACCAUGAGAGGGCAGUGGUGUUCCAGGAGCAGCAUCUGAGUGUGGCGGCACAAACAAAUGAUUUGGUAGCCAAGACGCUGGCUUAUGGAAGCCUAGGAAGGACACACCAUGCACUACAGAAUUACUCACAGGCCGUUAUGUAUCUGCAAGAAGGAUUGAGGUUGGCAGAGCAGCUGGGGAGGCGUGAGGAUGAGGCUAAAAUCCGCCAUCGUCUGGGUCUCUCUCUGUGGGCGAGUGGCAACCUGGAAGAAGCUCAGCAGCAGCUCUACCGUGCAUCUGUGCUGUUUGAAACGUUAAGGCACGAGGCCCAGCACAGCUCUGACUACAAGCUUUCCCUCUUCGACCUGCAGACGUCUUCAUAUCAGGCUUUGCAGAGAGUCCUCGUGUCUCUAGGUCAUCAUGAUGAAGCCUUGGCCGUAGCAGAGCGAGGUCGUACACGUGCAUUUGCAGACUUGCUGGUAGAAAGGCAGACAGGGCAGCAUGAGACAGAUCCGUACAGCCCCACCACAGUGGAGCACAUCCUGGACUCAAUUAACAAGCAGAGAGCGCUGGUGCUCUACUUCUCAAUGGCUGCUGGCUACCUCUACAGCUGGCUACUAGCUCCUGGUUCAGGUAUUGUGAAGUUCCAUGAGGUGUACCUGGGUGAGGGCAUGUCAGAGGGAGACCCAGAUUUCCAGGAGGGAGGUAUAGGUGCAGGAGGAGGAGGUGGUGUUGGAGCUGGAACCUCUUCGUUAGAGCAGUAUAUCUGCAGUGCCCGGGAGGCCCUAGGAGUCGAGUCCUUCUACAGCAGAGGAUGCUCUGGCAGUGAAACUGGUAGUGAAGCAGGAGAUUUGUUGGACCAGCAGUUUGAAGAGCUCAAUAACAAAAUGAAUUUUUUGCGCAUGGUGUCCAGAAACAACCUAUUUAACAGGAGUUGUCAGAGUAUGACCAGUCUGUUCAGUAACCCCAUGUCUCCAGUCAAAGAUGGCUGUUCCACACCCCAUCGCCCUGGUAGUGCCCCGAACAAACCUCCACUGCGUACCCUCUACGACCUCCUGAUUGCUCCCAUGGAGGGGGGUCUGAUGCACUCAAGUGGUCCAGUUGGCAGGCACAGGCAGCUUGUUUUGGUUCUGGAAGGAGAGUUAUAUCUCAUUCCCUUUGCUCUGCUGAAAGGCAGCUCAUCCAAUGAAUAUCUGUACGAGCGCUUUAGCCUGCUUGCUGUUCCGUCUCUGCGCAGCCUCGCAUCGAAUGCCAAGAUCAACCCCCGUCGUUCAAUGCCCCCACCAUGCAGUGCCCUUGGCAUGGCAGCUGUUGUUGGUAACCCUAGCCUCCCCUCAACAGCCAUGGACCGCUGGCUGUGGGGUCCCAUGCCCUCUGCUGAAGAAGAGGCCUGCAUGGUGGCUGAUCUGCUGGGCUGCCAGCCUCUCACGGGCCCAGCAGCCACCAAGGAGCGUGUGAUGAGUGCCCUCAGCCAGGCGGAGUGUGCACACUUCGCCACACACAUCUCUUGGAGGCUGGCAGCUCUGGUGCUGGCACCCAUCCACCAGGAAGGAAGCAGGGGAGAGGGAGGAAGAGGAGGAGGAGUAGCAGGGGGCACAGUGGGCAGGGGAGGGAGAAAGGGUUCACUUGGAAGCAGCUACACAGUGCCCGAUGAUGGGAGUGACGCAGAGAGCACCUGUGAUGCGCCGCCAUUGCAGGAGCUACUGCUUACAGCAGCAGACAUUUUGGAUCUAAGGCUGCGAGUUAAAUUGGUGGUGCUGGGUUCCUACCAGGAGUCUAGCAGUAAGGUGACUGCUGAUGGAGUCGUGGGACUGACACGAGCAUUCCUUGCUGCUGGUGCACAGUGUGUGCUGGUCUCUCUGUGGCCUGUGCCUGUAGCUGUGUCCAAAGUGUUUGUUCAUGCCUUCUACUCUGCCCUGCUCAAUGGAGCCAAAGCCAGUGUGGCCCUCACAGAAGCCAUGAGGAGCGUUCAGAGCAGUCCGCAGUUUUCUCAUCCCUCUAACUGGGCAGGGUUCAUGCUGAUUGGCAGUGAUGUGAAACUGAACAGCCCCUCAUCGCUGAUUGGUCAGGCCCUGUCAGAAAUUCUACAAUAUCCUGACAAAGCCAGAGAUGCCCUUAGAGUACUCCUGCACCUGGUGGAGAAGUCUCUGCAGCGCAUUCAGAAUGGACAACGCAAUUCCAUGUACACAUCCCAGCAGAGCGUGGAGAAUAAAGUGGGGGGCGUUCCAGGAUGGCAGGCUCUGCUGGCUGCAGUGGGCUUCAGGCUGGACGUGGCCGGCACUGGCCUUCCCCCUGCUGUGUUCUUCCCAACGGCUGACCCAGGAGACCGGCUUCAGCAGUGUAGCGCCACCCUGCAGUCACUACUGGGUCUUCCUCCUCCAGCCCUGCAAGCACUUUGCAAAGUCGUUAGUGCCUCUGAGGCAGGAGAGCAGCUCAUUAAUAAGGCUGUAAAGAAUAUUGUUGGAAUGCUUCAUCAAGUCCUGGUCCAACUGCAGUCAGGUGAGAAGGAGCAGGACUUUUCCUUGUUACCCAUUCAGGUGUCUAUAAGUGUCCAGCUGUGGCGACUGCCAGGCUGCCAUGAGUUUCUUGCUGCACUUGGGUUUGAUCUGUGUGAGGUGGGACAGGAAGAGGUUGUUCUGAAGACAGGGAAGCAGGCCAGCCGUCGCACCUUGCACUUUGCUCUCCAGUCUCUCAUGGCACUUUUUGACUCAACAGAACUUCCGAAGCGUCUCAGCCUAGACAGCUCAUCUUCCCUGGAGUCACUUGCUUCAGCCCAGUCUGUAUCCAAUCCACUGCCUCUUGGCUACCCCAGCCUGCCCUUCUCUCCACACUGCCCUGAUAAUAUGGCCUCAGAUGCCAUAUCUGUCUAUAGCUUGAGUUCCGUUGCCUCGUCCAUGAGCUUUGUUUCUAAGUCUGAGAGUGACUUUCUGGGCCAAAGACGUGGUGGUGGUAGUAUGACUUCCUCGCUCUCUGCUAAUAAGCACCCGCUCAGUGUUUCUCGCAGUCGAUCCUCACCACAUGGUGCGAUAUUGACUUGCAGCACAGAGGUACAAGGAGAUGAGGAGGAAUAUGAGGGCUACUCUAUUAUUAGUAGUGAGCCCUUGGCCAGCCAGUGUGACUCAUUACCUCUGCCACAGGGCCAUGGUCAGAGACACCGCCAUGGUCAUGGGGGAAGGAAUGGAAUUGGUGGGCAUGUCUCAAGCGCUGGACAAGAGUACAAAGUGUCCAUCUCAUCAAAAGGAAGUGUCAGCACUCCCACCUCUCCACUCAAGGCAAGCUUGGUUCUAAGUCCAAACUCCCCUUUCCAGAAGGUUGGGAAGGUGACUAAUUCGGACACAGGUGAAUCAGACCAGUCAAGCACUGAAACUGACAGCACAGUGAAGUCCCAGGAAGAGAAGCCAUUAUCAACCACCCUGGAUCCUCAGGAGCUUGCCAAGAAGAUUUUGGAAGAGACCCAGAGCCACCUCAAGGCCAUAGGGAGCUUACAGAGAGGAGUAGCUGAAGGCAUGGCUGCUCCCAUUUCUACUUCCACGCCGACCAGAUGCUCAGCCUUUCGCUCCUCAGAGACUAGUGCGUUUAGUCGACCUGGUAGCAGUGUCAGCAUCCGAGAUCCUGCCACCCGUCCCAAACACCCUUCCCGCUCUUCCUCUCUUCAGAAGAUCAGCUCUGGCUACAGUAGUCCUGCCACAUCAGAUACCUCUAUGAAAGAGGGUGGACACCCCUCACCCACACUGGACAAAGUUGCCCAGUUCAAGCUCAAGUACCCUAGCUCUCUUUAUAGUGGUCAUAUAUCUUGUUUUCCAAGAAACGUGUCCCCCAGUUCAGGCCACCAGUCUCCUGCUGACAGUGCACCAUCCCCAGCCCUUUCAUACUCCUCAACUGGCUCCACUGGGUCAGGUCAAACAGACACUGUGGAGCUUGACCGAUUGAGAAGGGUAGUUAUUGAUGAGAAAGUUCAAGCUAUGCAUAGCCUAAAGACUUUCUGGUCUAAUGCUACAGCCAAGCAGCAGCAACAGCAACACACUGGUCCACUCAAAGCACUUAGAGGCCCAGUGAUGUCAACAAAGAAGGAUGUGCUUGGACUUCUUAAUCUAUCACCACGUCGCUGCUCACCUGGAGGUGGCCAAGAUGCUCUUGAGUUGUUGAAGAUGGGGCAUCAAUCUCUGGACAGAACCCCAAGUCAUGGGCAUAAUGGUUCUAAUGGACAGGGGGCUGCACCAUCACCUUCCAUCUCCACCCGGAGCAGCCCCGGUGGUCAACCUGUACACCUACCCUUGGGUAAUGGUUACAAGUUUAUCUCAUCUGGUAGGUUCUUUCCUUCAUCCAAAUGUUGAAACAUUUGUGAGAAUUGUCAAUUCAACUAUGUCAUGACUGAUCACCUGUGAUCAGAAAUCAGUCGACAUAAAAUGGAACUUCUUUGCCCUUUGUGAGUUUGAAAUCCAUGUUCUUGUUAACCAAACAGACCUGUGUCCUGUCUGGGGACUUUGAAAUAAAACUAAUAUAUUGGUGCUUCUGCCCUCAGCCACCACUGUGUAUGUGAGACAGAAGACCUUAUACUGUGCAUAUAAGUCAGGAACAUUUAAUGUUUGUGAGGGCCAAACAUAAAACACUACAGACUGUUUUGUUCCAUUUGAUUUUUACAUAAUAUAUUCUUAUUGUUUAUUAUGGCUGUUAUUAUUAUUAUUAUUAAUUGUUAUUGUUAUUGAUAAUAUAAUUAUGUUUUGUAAUUUAAAUCAAGUGUUUCAAUCAGUAUUACACAUUUUUAUAUUAUUAAAAAGAAAAAACCUUGUGAAAACAGAAAAUGGGACAUUUAUUUCAUAUUUUUAUUGAAAUUUCCAAACAAACGUUUGGCCUCAUCUCUUUGUUAAUUGAAUGUCUUCUCUGCAGCAUGGAUUCUCUUGCUAUUGAUUGUUAAGUAUGUAUGACUUUUUAGCUCACCUUUUUUGA